UGGAAUCCGAUAAUCUCUGGAAGAAUUCAAUUGGAAGUAAUACAAAUCCCCUAACAUCUGAAACAACAACUGUACCGGUAUCAUCCCCCCGACCUUCUUCGUCUGCCGCUUUUGGUCAUCCCUCGGAGAGUAAAUCUUCCAAUUCUAUAACAAAUAUAGAAAUGGCUAGUAUAUUCGCUGAAAUGAAUAAAUCUAUGAUGAAUAAUACACCGCAUGAAACCGACGCCAAAGAGUCCCUAUGUUCUUCUUCUAUGGUUGAAAAACUUAUAAAACAAUCGGAUAAUUCAAAUUAUUAUUCCGCAUGGCAAACAUUUUUAACACAUUUGAUGCAUAAUAAAUCAUCUACUGAGGAAGAAAUAAAAAGUAAUUUAGAAGAAUUCAUAAAGGAUUAUACUCUGUCAACAACGUCUUCUUGGUCUUCUUCUUUGUCAACCAAUUCUAAUGUACAUAUGAAUUCAAUUACUACGGCAUAUUCUAGUGGUACUGGUUCCACACCUGCAGGUAGUGAUAAUUCAACACCGACUAAACGUAAAACAGCCUACGGAAUACGUGAUAUUCUUGGAGAUAAUCAUAAAGACGAUGUCAGUGGGUUAAGUGAUGAUAAAACAAGCAAAACCAGGCAUGUACAAGAUCCAUCCUCAAAUAAUAAUGAAAUGGAUUAUAAUAAAUUGAGUAAACUGUACUCCACAUGGUAUACAACAUUGAACUCUUUAACAAAUAUAUCUGAUCGGGAUGGUAUGCAUCAAUCCACAUGUCAAAAUAACACCCUACUUGAAGCCUUUACAAUGUUAUCAUCAAGUGUAAAUCAUCCAAGGAACUUGUUAAAUCUUUCACAAAUGAAUAUAGAAUGA